AUGAAGGCAGCAGUACUACACCUUGUCCGACAGUUGCGCCGUGCGCUGUCGUGCUCAGUGUUCUCGCGUCGAUCUUCCUGUUCUUCGUAUCACAAGGAGGAAGAGCAGUCCUCUGAAACCUCUUCAGAGCGGGCUCGCGCACACCAGGGCCUCAGCGGCGAUGCCCUGACCGUGGCCACCCAGCUGAGUGGCAAAGUGCUUCAACUUCCGGACCUCACAAAGAUCUUUGAGACGUGGCCAUCCGCUACGAACAAGCACACGAAGGAGCUGGAAGUCCUGGUCGAUGAACUAUUGGAGAGGGUCAUCAUCAAUGAGCGAAAGCUCCAUGCGCUGAAGCAGGCCGGCUUCGCCCGGCUCAUGUCUCUCUGGUAUCCCGACGCAGACUGGCCCGAGUUGGUCGUGGCCACAGCGUACUCCGUGUGGAUCUUCGUAUGGGACGACGAGAUCGACAGCGGCGAGACCGAGGCCGCAACCAACGAGGUGCUGGCCCAGGCCUACUACCAGGAAUCCCUCACCUAUAUCCGUCGCGUUCUGGGGCUCGACGGCGAAGACCAGGUCGAGGUCGAGGCCCCGCUGCAGAACAUGACGCUGUUUGGCGACGUCGGCCGCGGCGUCCGCGGCUCGACGGACACGCUGCAACGACAGCGCUUCUUCCGCGAGCUGGAGAACUUCAUGCUGCAGGUCGGCGUCGAGCACUCCCAUCGCACGGCCGGUUCCAUACCGACUGUGGAGGAGUACCUACAUAUCCGCUCGGGCUCCGUCGGCUGCGGGCCCCAGAUCGCUAUCACAGAUUACAUGCUCAAGGUCAGAUUACCUGAGUCCGUAAUGGAAUCCGAAGCCAUGAGAGCGCUGUGGAAGGAGACGAUACACAUAUGUCUAAUCCUCAACGACGUCUACUCCGUGCAGAAGGAGAUAGCCCAAGGCUCUCUCCUCAACAUCGUCCCGGUCAUGUUCAAGAACAUGAAGUCCGAGGAGCAGGACCUCGGUGCUGUGUCGAGGGAACUCGACUCUGCCCUGCGAGCAACGAUGGCUCGGUUUGAGGCUGCGGCAGACACCCUUACCGGCAUGGCGUCUGGUGACGUGCAAUUGAAAAGGAACAUUGAGGACUACAUCAGGUGGUGUCGGUAUUUCACCACGGGCGUGCUGUACUGGAGCUUGGAGUCACGGCGGUAUGGUAUGGCGGACUGUAUCAACACGGACGGUACCUUGAGCAUCGUACUGUAG